AUGGGGCGCCGCUGUGCCUCUGUGCUCCCCUUGUGGCAGCAGCACCUGCGGCGAGGAGCGGCUCUGUCGCUGCAGCUUCUCCUGCUGCCGCUCUUGCAAGCGGCGGAGGCUCCUCCAGCCCCUGUCAGUGCAGAGAGGAGCCUGGUUUGGGGGCCCGGUCUGGACCCGGAGCUCACGCUGCCCGUCAGGUAUUUCUACAUCCAGGCGGUCAGCGGAGCUGGACAGAACUUCACCCGCUCACCCCCAGGAAGAACACAGUUUAAAGUGGGCAUUAAAGCACUUUCCCCCAAAGAAGUCAUUGGGAUCCACAUCCCUAACCUUAUGGAUAGGAAUGAUGGGUCAUUUCUUAUACAGUAUCGGAUGUAUGGGAGUGUCAACGAAGGGUUAAAGAUUGAGGUACUUUAUGGUAAUGAACACGUAGCUCAGUCUCCUUAUAUUUUGAAAGGGCCUGUUUAUCAUGAGUACUGUGAGUGUCCAGAAGAAGAUUCUCAGACCUGGCAGAAUAUUCUCUCUUGUCCAUCCCAGGAGCCUCAAGUUACUAAGGACUUCACUUCUUUUACCUCCAUCGACCUUCAGCGGAUGCUUCAUGAAGUCCCAACAAGGUUUGGGCAAACGAGAGGUGCCAUUGUUCAUUACACUGUUCUCAAUAAUUACAUCUACCGUCGUUCCUUAGGGAAGUACACAGACUUCAAAAUGUUCUCAGAUGAAAUGUUGCUCUCAUUGGCAAGAAAGGUUCGUCUCCCUGAUGUAGAGUUUUAUCUUAAUGUUGGAGACUGGCCAACGGAACAUCGAAAAGCUAAUGAUACGCCUGGCCCUAUACCUAUCAUUUCAUGGUGUGGCUCUGUGGAUUCAAGAGACCUAGUCCUUCCAACAUAUGAUAUAACCCAUUCAACACUUGAAACCCUACGUGGUGUUACAAAUGACCUACUUUCUAUUCAAGGAAACACAGGCCCUUUCUGGCACAACAAAACAGAACGAGCUUUCUUUAGAGGUCGAGACAGCCGUGAAGAACGUCUUCAAUUGGUGCAGCUAUCUAAGGAGAAUCCAGAACUACUAGAUGCUGGAAUAACAGGAUAUUUCUUCUUCCGAGACAAGGAGAAAGAGCUGGGAAAGGCUCAGCUGAUGGGAUUCUUUGACUUCUUUAAGUACAAAUAUCAAGUGAAUGUAGAUGGGACAGUAGCAGCAUACAGAUUCCCAUACCUCAUGUUGGGUGACAGUCUAGUACUAAAACAAACCUCUCAAUACUAUGAGCACUUCUACAGUGAAUUAAAGCCAUGGAAACAUUAUGUUCCAAUUAAAAGAAGCCUUGAUGACUUGCUAGAAAAAAUAAAAUGGGCUAAGGUAAAUGAUGAAGAAGCUAGAAAGAUUGCUAAAGAAGGACAGUUAGUUGCAAGAGAAUUACUGCAGCCUCACAGGCUUUACUGCUAUUAUUACAAAGUGUUCCAGAAAUAUGCAAAGCACCAAGCCAGCAAACCUGAAAUAAGAGAUGGAAUGGAACUUGUACCUCAACCUGAUGACAGCACUUCCAUCUGCAAUUGCCAUAGGAAAAAGCCUUUAAGGGAAGAUCUAUAACCAAAUGAAGAAAACCAUUCCUGUUUCACUAAUGAUGCAAAAAUAUACAUGGGAUUUAAGCUGUGAAAA